AAAGUAAUAGAUAGUUCCCUUUCAAUCCGUGGGGAAAACAAAAAUGGAGCUCGAACCACCACCACCACCACCACCACCACCGAUCGAACCACCGUCCACGUGUCCUGAUCAAAGCACGGCGUCGGAUCCUACUGAGGAUGACCGCGCCGAAUCAAAACCCUCUCUGAGCCAGACCGAUAUCUUGAGAGCCCUAGAGGUGGUGGAGAGAGACUCUUCGGCCAUCGCAGAGAGCUACGGUUCUCUCUUCGCUUCUCUUCGUUUAGCUCUAUCUGAGGUUACUAGUAGCUCAGUUGAUCAUAUGCAAUGUUUCAGUGAUGCGGCGGGUCGCCUUCAAGAAUCUGUUCUUGAUGCAUCAACAAAGGGGAAUCGGUAUAUAAAUUCGUGUCUCAGCUGGUGGUAGGAUAUACUUGGAGGAUAUGGACGUUUCAUGUCGGCCUUAGAACUUGAAAUUUGGCCUUUGUGGUAGCAACUGUUUUAAAGUAAGAAACUUUAAUUUUCAUUUUUACUUAAAUCGUAACUUCACAUAAUUUCACUACCCUCAAUAUUCCCUGGAUUGGUCAAUCUUAGCCCUCAUUGCCCCUCAAAUUUUCAAUGUAUGGCUGUUAUCAGGAUCUUGCUCUCAUGAAGAUUUUAACAAUUUUGGAAUACACUAUCUAACGCACUAUAAUUUUUGGAAAAUUUCACUUAUCAGAAUAAAGUUUUGGAAAAUUUUGUUUGUAUUAAUGGCGUGGCAACACUCCCUCUUGAUAACUAGCCAGGCACAACUGUCUCGAAGAAGUUUUUACCUUUUGGAGUACAUGUACUGACUUGCAUGCUGAUAAUGGGAUUGCCUCCUCUUGUAUCUCAAUACCAAUGUGCAACAGGAACGAAAUAUUUUAGAUCAAUGCUUUUACUCUUUCAUGGUAAAUAUGGCCUUUCUAAGCUGAUUUGGAAUUUU